ACAUUUGAUUCCAUGUUAUUUUGAAAUAUGCGUUCUGUGGCGUCCAAUCCUUGCAAAGCAAACGCGUUCAAUCAACCCCAUCAAAAAUAAUCAAUUACGUUGCGUUUCCAAGCAAACCUAGCAGUACAUCAUGUCAGCAGAUAAAUCAACCCCAAGCGUACCUGCUUCCGAGUGCAGCAGCAGCACCAUCGAACAAGAAAACCGUUGCACGGCACCGACCAAGACGAUUCAGAUGGACAGAGACGAACAUCACGAUGCGGCCAAGAAACCGGACGUAUUCGAACGAAAUUACCAGUUUGCCCGCAUAUACCAGGACAGGCGGCGCGCCCUAACGGCCAAAAUGGAAGCGAACGAAACGGGCCAGCGUUGCUUCAAGGCACAGCCGAUCCGUAUUGUAGAGUUUCGGGAAGCGGAAAAGAAGCUCAAGUUCACCGUCCCGACCACGCCAGAAGUAAUGAAGCACAAUUUUAACAAGCGACCCGCGAAAGAAUGAUGCGGUUCGAGCGGAGUGGUGUAAUGGGGUGAUGGGGGCCCAAGUGGAAGUGGAUAACUUUUCCGUUUUCGUGAUAUUUUAUAAUAAUAAUGUAUGAAUUCAAGGGAACAGUGUUUUAUGCAUCUUUUAAAGACAGUGUAGUGUUGCAUCUAGCAGAUGGGGGAAUCGUAUCGCAGGUGUGGAUAAUGAAUGCUUGUCGCUCUCUACUUUUCACCGGUAAACCUACCUGCGAAAUCUCGGAUCCGGUACAAGUGCGGAUUUUUCCUAUAACUAGCUGUAACAGGUAUGCAUCAAGCUUAGAGUAGCACAGUUUAUUUACAUUAAUAUGCGGACAAUGUUUUAACUAAAGAGUUUGUGAAAAUUGCUUCGAAUGCAGUGAAGAAUGAUCGUCCGUGACUCAUUGCAAAUAAAAACAGUAACAAAGGA